CAAAUGAAAGAGCCACGCUGUGAAAUAUAAAAUAUGCAUACAUAUCUUUGUAUGUACAUGCGGCAGUACGUGAAACAGCUGCGGAGCAGCCAUAUACCCACAGAUACAAAGGCGCUGGCCGUGGCUGGGCGCUAUUGAUCAAAACCACCUGUUAGAACAUAAAAGUCUUCAGACAAGACAAAUACGUUGCCAAGUAUACACGUCUUAUCGGUCUUGAUAUGUUUCCGAUUCAGUUGCCUAGAUUGUCACAAUAUUUAUGGACACUUUGCGUCCAUUUGGUGAUUGCGACCUUUUUGUUAACGGUUGCCGAUUCGUUUAACGAGCAGGAUUAUUUAGUGGGCCGGAAGCAGGUAACCCACAAUCCCAGCGAGCUGUCCGAUGCACAGUUUCUGGAGUACAGCAAUCUGUCGGACAAGCAACAUAUGCGUGAAGCCAUACGAAACAUUCUAGUGCCACGUGUUGUAGGUACUGGGAAUCACACGAUUGUGCGUCAGUACAUUGUACAGAGUCUUCGCGACUUGGGAUGGCAUGUGGAGCUGAACAGCUUUCAUGAUACGGCACCCAUUGUGGGUGCUUUGCAUUUCCAUAACAUCAUAGCAACACUUAAUCCGCAAGCGGAGCGUUUCCUGGUGCUGGCCUGCCACUAUGACAGCAAAUAUAUGGAGAAUGUAGCCUUUUUGGGUGCCACAGAUUCAGCUGUGCCUUGCGCUAUGCUACUAAAUUUGGCGAAAGUGCUGCAGGAGCAACUUGAACCGUUCAAAAAUACCAAUGUGAGCCUCAUGCUGCUCUUCUUUGACGGCGAGGAGGCAUUUGAGCAGUGGGGUCCCAAGGAUUCCAUUUAUGGCGCUCGGCAUUUGGCCAAAUUGUGGCAGGAUCAGGGCAAGUUGGACCGCAUUGACUUGCUGGUGCUGCUGGAUUUGCUGGGCGCACCUGAUCCCGCCUUUUACAGUUUCUUCGCCAACACCGAGCUGUGGCACAUGCGCCUAAUGGCGCUGGAAACACGUCUCUCGCAACGCGGUCUACUGCAGCGCUACAUGAGUAGCGGUGUGUCCCAGCAUGAUCCAACGCGUUACUUUCAACCACAGGCAACACGUUCGGCGUACAUCGAGGACGAUCAUAUACCAUUCCUACAGCGAAAUGUGCCCAUUUUGCACCUGAUACCAAUGCCUUUUCCCAGUGUUUGGCACACACCGGACGAUAAUGAAAGCGUGAUUGAUUAUGCGACAACAGAAAACCUGGCGCUGAUUGUACGCCUGUUUACGUUGGAGUACCUGCAUGGUGGCGUUGCACAGACUAAGUAAUGUGACAACUUUAAGCCGAUCAAAAAUCAAAAUCAAUGCUACGCUCGGUAAAGCUCCCCUACUUAGGCCUUAUCAACUUACUGACCUGCAUGUCGUUACUGGUUGCUCAUAUCUUAGCCUUACAUAAAUGUACAUACAUAUGUAUACAUAUUUACCUAUAUUACUACUCAGUGAGUAGACUGUUGUGUUGUGGAUCUUGUGUAUUGUAUCGUGUGGAUUCUACUGAAUUUACAACUUUGUGAAAAUGUGUUAAAUAGCUGUAAUUAAUGUCAGUUUCAAUUGACACGCCAGUGCUUCUUAAAUAUUUAAACAAAUAGCAAAUAUUUUUAUAAAUUAUUAUUAAAUGUUAAUUAUUGAAUAAAUUUACUUUUGCCAGUAAA